CUCUUGGAGAGUGCUAGCUUGUCUGCCCAAGAUUUUGGAAGGACAACCGCCGUCUUAUCAGCAGCGAGCACCCCGAUCAUGGCUUAGUUAAGUACGUGGCUAGUGCUCGACCUUGUCCAUCGGUUCAGCACAGUUGCUGUCGAACUAUCCAAUCCUUUCUACCCUCUCACUAUUCUCAUGCUGCACUGAUGCGGACAGAGCUCCCGACAUUGCGGUCAACAUGGACGCCUUCAAAGCCCGAUCCCCCUUCAAGCGAACGCAGACUGGGGAUGGGGCCAAGACCGAAACCAAGGAUUAUGGUGUCACUGGCGAUACAACAGAGCUUCCAGCAUACAACAACCAGGAUGUCGAAAGACGGGCCUCAGUUGCUUCGUAUAAUGUCAGCGGCGUUCACGAUGAUACACACAGGAGAUUGAAGCCGCGACACAUUCAACUCAUCGGCAUUGGUGGGACUAUUGGCACUGCGCUCUAUGUGCAAAUUGGCAGAGGCUUGCUCAAUGGCGGUCCCGGUAGUUUAUUCAUUGCCUUCACCUUCUGGUGUUCCGUGGUCCUGGCUGUGACGCUUUGUAUGGCCGAAAUGGUUACCUACUUGCCCAUCUCGUCGCCUUUCAUUCGUUUUGCUGGGCGAUAUGUUGAUGAAUCUUUCGGCUUUGCCGCCGGGUGGAACUUCUUCGUCUUUGAGGCAAUUCUGGUCCCUUUCGAAAUCACCGCUUGCGAUGUCAUUAUUCGAUUCUGGUCCGAUGCAUUACCCACCGGCGCCGUCAUUGCCAUUAUCAUUGUGCUAUACGCUUGCAUCAACCUCGUCAAUGUAAAGUGGUACGGCGAGGUCGAGUUCUGGGCCGCCUUAGGCAAAGUGUUGCUCAUCAUCGGCCUCAUCAUCUUCACAUUCAUUGUGAUGCUUGGUGGCAAUCCCCUAGGAGACCGUUUUGGCUUCAGAUACUGGAAUAAUCCAGGCGCAUUCAAGCCUCUGUAUUACGAAGGCAACCUAGGCUACUUCCUCGGAUUCCUGCAAUGCUUAAUCCAGGCAUCCUUCACCAUCGCUGGCCCUGAUUAUGUCUCAAUGGCAGCUGGUGAGGCGGAGAAUCCACGAAAAGUCAUGCCCAAGGCUUACAAUGCUGUCUUCUACCGCUUGACUACCUUCUUCGUUCUGGGUGCCCUCUGCGUCGGUAUUUUGGUGCCAUACAACGAUGCAGAACUGACAGCGGCUUUUGAGGAUGGCCUUCCAGGUGCCGCAGCUUCGCCGUACGUCGUGGCCAUGAAUCGUCUCCGCAUCGAUGUCCUUCCACACAUCGUGAAUGCUCUGGUUUUGGCAUCUGCGUUCUCUGCCGGAAACAGCUACAUGUACUGCGCAUCUCGCAGCCUCUUCGGCCUCGCACUCGAAGGCAAAGCACCGAAGCUCAUGAUCAAGACCAAUAGGAUUGGUGUUCCUUACAAUACUGUGAUCGCUAUUCUUGCAAUCUGCCUGCUGGCAUUCCUCUCAGUCAGCUCUGGCUCUGCAAAGGUCCUUGGCUGGUUCGUCAAUCUCAUCACCGCCUCGCAACUGAUCAACUUUGCCAUCAUGUGCUUCACCUUCCUAAUGUGGAUGCGGGCACUGAAGGCCCAGGGUAUCAGUCGCGAUUCGCUCCCGUACAAAUCCAUUGGCCAGCCGUACGUUGCAAUCUACGGAUUCUGCUGGACUGCGGUCAUGGCCAUUGUUGGUGGCUACACCGUGUUCCUUCCUGGAUCCUGGGAAGCUUCCACGUUUGUCUUUAGCUACUUCAUGGUCUUCCUCACGCCCGUUCUCUUUGUCGGAUGGAAGCUCAUUCAUCGGACCAAGUGGUACAAGCCGGAGGAAGUUGACCUGCAGGGUGAGGUCAAGGAGAUUGAAGAGUAUCAACGGAACUUCGUUCAAGCACCUUACAGGAAUGUGUUCGACAAGAUCUUCAAUAAGAUGUUUGGCGGCUGAAAGAAGCGAGUUUAGAGCAGGAGAACAGUACAUAGCUGAAGCAUCUGUUUUAACAUCACGACUGUAUG